GGUUUAGCCCCCUCCUAUGCUAGUAGUGGCUAGCUAACACCAACUGUACCGACCUCUCAACCACUCCCCGGUGACUCAUACCGGUACAUUUAUCUCGAGAAAGUGACAUUAGUUACGUGGUAAUAUUGCGAAACUGAUGUAGUAACACUGGCAGACCAAGUACUUCUGUAUCUCCGGUAGGCCUUGUCUUUUGUUAAAUUGUUACAACAGUGUUCUUGUGGCUAACAGCUAACCAGGAGAUACCCAGUUAGCUCGCUUUUUGAAACUACUGAGGUCGAUGUUUUCUCAUGGAGGAUUUGUACAGUUAUUAGUCAAGAGGAUUUACGAUUGGGGGAGGACAGAGCAGAAGAGGUACACGCUCAGUUUCUUCACCAUGGGGAACACCUGCAGUAACCAACUUGGGAUCCCUCCAGCCAAGGGCCCCAAUGCUGUGGGAUGCACUGACUUCAUGAUGGACCACACUGCACAGGGCAGCUUCUUCCGGCUUUACUAUCCUUGUCAAGAGACUGAAAAAGCAGAAAAACCAGAUUGGGUCCCAUGCAGGGAGUAUUUUAACGGUCUGGCAGACUUCAUGAAAAUCAACAGAACUCUCAGUGAAAGGAUUUUCAACUACCUCUUUGGUUCCUUUAAGAUCCCAGCCCACCUGGAUGCUCCAUUCAAAUCAAAUGUAAAAUGUCCACUAGUUAUCUUCUCCCAUGGCCUGGGAGCCUUUAGGACUUUAUAUUCAGCUAUAUGUGCAGAACUGGCCUCUCAGGGUUUCAUUGUGGCGUCCGUUGAACACAGGGACCAGUCAGCCUCAGCAACGUUUUAUUUCUGCGAGAAGACGGAGUCAGAGAAGGCAAAUAAGAAUGUGGCUAAAACAUCAGCCGCAGCCCAUGGCAACCUGGUGAAGGAGUGGAUGUACUACAGGAGUCUGCAGCAGGGAGAGAGUGAAUUCCCCCUCAGAAAUAAUCAGGUGAAACAGAGAGCAGAUGAAUGCAUCCUGGCACUGGAUAAACUCACUAAAAUCAACUCAGGGAUACAAGUGCAAAAUGUUUUGCAAACUCAGUUUGACUGGGCGACGCUGGAGAACUCCAUGGAUCUGUGCAGGGUAGCAGUGAUGGGGCAUUCCUUUGGGGGAGCAACAGUGAUUGAAGCUCUGUGCAAAGAGGUUAUCUUUAAGUGUGGCAUAGCGCUGGACGCCUGGAUGUUUCCUUUAGAUGACGAGAUAUUUCCUCAAGUGAAGCAGCCGAUCUUCUUCAUCAACUCAGAGAAGUUCCAGUGGGCGGGGAACAUCAGCCGCAUGAGGAAGCUGGACUCGGCCAUCAUACAGAGGAAAAUGAUCACUAUCAGAGGCACAGUGCACCAGAGUUUCCCAGACUUCACCUUCCUGACGGGCAACUGGAUUGGUAAACUGAUGAAGCUGAAGGGAGAGAUCAACCCAGAGAUCGCCUUAGACCUCUCCAACAAAGCAACACUAGCCUUUCUGCAGCGCCACCUUGGUCUGGAGAAGAACUUUAAUGAGUGGGACCCUCUGAUUGAUGGGCAGGAUGAAAACCUCAUCCCAGGUACUAAUGUUACUGUGCUUCAGUCUGCCAUCUGAACAGUAGAAGAGCCUGGUACUACCUGGACAUCAGCUUGAACCAUCUUGUCUUUUGUGUGGGAGCCAGUGGAAUGGUCCCAAAAUGCCAAGCCAGGCCUACUUGGCAUUUCACACAUUUUAUUUCAAAAUGGACAAAGGAAAACAUUUUGGAGUAGUAAUGGAGAGGAAAGCCGAUCUCUACCUCAUCAGCAGGAAGGAUUUGUUUUUCUUGACAGGUGAAACACUCAGUGUAGCAGUGUUUGUUUCAUGAAGCCUGAAUGUUGCACACGAGCAGCUCACACUGUUGGUGAAAUCUUUAUUACCAGCAAUUUCUUAGAGAAAUGCUUUUAAUCUUCGAGUGUAUAUAAAGCCAAAUGACAAAUGUUAUUUUAUGAAAAUACUGUACGUCUCUGUAGACAUAGGGGCCUUCCAGAGACAAGCUACUCUAUGAUUGCAGUGUGAUUAUGUGAUGAGGCCUAAAAUGAAUCAUGUGGGAUGGGUAUGGAUAAAAAAAAAAAAAAAAAAA